AGGUUUUACGAUAUAGUUUGUAGCGUACCCGACCCACCUCUAGUCCUCUACUUCAAAACCCUAAAAACCCCUCCAACUCUCAACGCCGUCUCGCAUUUCAGUCAAUCCACCAUGGACGGCAGCGGCGAUGCGAACAAAAUUAGCAAAAGUGCGCUAAAGAAGGAGUUGAAGGCCAAGCAGAAGGAAGAGGAGCGCCAGCGCAAAGCGGAGGAGAAAGCUCUACAGGCUGCUGCAAGCGGUUCACAGCCAAAGGGGAAAAAUGCAGCUGUGGACGAUGAAGAAAUGGACCCGACGCAAUAUCAUGAAAACAGGCUCAAGUAUAUUGCUUCGAUAGAAAAUGCAUAUCCUCACAAAUUCCAUGUUACAAUGACUGACCGUGAGUACUUGGAAAAAUUUGGAGGCCUAGAGAAUGGGGAGCAUAAGGAGGAUAUCACUGUUUCAUUGGCAGGGCGAAUCCUGCGCAAAAGAUCGUCAGGCACAAAGCUAUUGUUUUAUGAUUUGCAUGUCACCCCUGGUGGUUGGAAGGUCCAAGUUAUGGCAGAUGCCAGGAUAUCAGAGUUGGAUGAAUCUGAAUUUUCUAGGUUCCAUUCCAGUGUCAAGCGUGGUGAUCUUGUUGGUAUUAGUGGGUUUCCAGGGAAAACUAAGAGGGGGGAGCUUAGUAUUUUCCCAAGAUCAUUUACGGUGCUAUCACAUUGCUUGCAUAUGUUGCCAAGGCCGAAACCAGAGCGUGCUGGUGUUCCUGAUAAUGCCAAUCUGGAGAUAGCUAGUGGAUGGGUCCCAGGAACUCCUAGGAAUCCUGAAACAUACACUCUGUUUCAGGAAACUCGUUAUCGACAACGUUACCUGGAUUUAAUAAUGACUAGUGAGGUACGACAAGUAUUCAAGACCAGAUCCAAGGUUGUCAAGUACAUCAGAAAGUUCCUUGACGAUCUUGAUUUCCUGGAGGUUGAGACUCCGAUGAUGAACAUGAUUGCUGGUGGUGCAGCUGCCCGACCGUUUGUCACUUAUCAUAAUGAUCUCAACAUGAAGCUUUUCAUGCGCAUUGCACCCGAGCUCUAUCUCAAGCAGCUUGUUGUGGGUGGACUGGAUCGUGUAUAUGAGAUUGGAAAGCAAUUCAGAAAUGAGGGUAUUGAUUUAACACACAAUCCGGAGUUCACCACGUGUGAAUUUUACAUGGCCUAUGCUGAUUACAAUGAUUUGAUGACGAUGACUGAGGAAAUGCUUAGUGGGAUGGUUAAGGAAAUAACAGGAGGAUAUAAAGUAAUGUACCACUCAAAUGGGCUUGACAAGGAACCCAUUGAGAUAGACUUCACUCCCCCUUUCCGAAGGAUUGACAUGGUCGAAGAACUAAACAAGAUUGCAAAUCUGAACAUAAACCCAAAGGAUCUUUCCAGUGCAGAAGUUAACACUUAUCUCAAGGAGGCGUGCAAGAAAUUUGAGAUCCAGUGUUCCCCUCCUGAAACAACCACACGUUUAUUAGACAAGCUUGUGGGACACUUUUUAGAGGAGACUUGUGUAAAUCCGGCAUUUAUAAUUAACCAUCCAGAGAUCAUGAGUCCGUUGGCCAAGUGGCACAGAUCGAAGCCUGGCCUUACUGAACGGUUCGAGUUGUUUAUCAAUAAACAUGAAGUUUGCAACGCAUACACUGAAUUGAAUGACCCUGUGGUACAACGGCAAAGGUUCGCUGAUCAACUGAAGGACCGACAGUCAGGUGAUGAUGAGGCCAUGGCUUUGGACGAAACAUUUUGUACUGCGCUCGAGUAUGGUUUACCUCCUACUGGUGGCUGGGGUUUGGGUGUUGAUCGCCUAUGUAUGUUACUAACGGACUCGCAGAAUAUCAAAGAAGUGCUUCUAUUCCCAGCCAUGAAACCACAAGAUGAUCAACCUCCUACAGAACAAAAAACUGCAGGUGCUUAGCUGUUGGACUGUUAGUAGCAUUGGUUUCGCUACAAUCAAUUUUCCUUUUGUGCUUUGAUUAAACUUGAAGCAGUUGUGGGCUUACUUUUCUAGUUUUCUUACUACUGUUCUGAAGUUAUUGCUGAAGUGCGGAUGGUUAAUUUCUUUUUUGAGAAACAUCUAAAAUGUACGCAUAUUAAUGCGGUAGAUACCUCAGUCUCAAUAUCAAAGUACUUUUUGAAGUUGGGUCCAAUUAUUUGUCGGAUCAAAUUUGUGAACCUUUUCCUUGUGCUGUAUGAAGAAGAUAUAAUGUGCCUCAAUUAUUGAAUGAAUCAUACUAUCUAUUUUGUCCA